ACAACCAACAUGUGACCGACAGGAGCUGCCGCGGGAAAAGGCCACGAACAAGAAGGAACAACAGCCUCCAUUUCCGGUUCCGGGUCGUGGAGGAGAAACGUCGUGUGAACGGCGCGACCAAACAGAAAGUUUCACAUCAAAACUAGUCUGUUUUGAGCGUUUUUCUCUUCUUAAUCUUGAUAGUUUCUGUUGGAUUUAUACGACGUAAGUCUGAUAAAAGAUAAAAGCAUAAUCUAAAGGACUGGAGGAUGUCUCUUCCUAAACGGGAGGUGGAGGAGUUGAGGCCAUGGGUGGAGCGGACUGUGAAGAUGGUGCUGGGUUUCUCAGAGCCCACAGUGGUCACUGCUGCUUUACACUGUGUUGGAAAGGGACUGGACAAAAGGAAGACCACAGACCAGCUACGUCCCUUCCUUGAUGACUCUGCUGGAGGUUUUGUAGAGCGUCUUUUUGAAGCUGUGGAGGAAAGCCGCAAUGCACGUGGCAACAAAGGAGCAGGAGAAAAGCACCGCAAGAGAGAUCUCAAGGAUGUUUUUGGUGAUGAGGCUGAAACAGGUGCAGUGCGGGAAACUCCGGCAUCAGUAGAUGGGACGGCACCAAAGAGGAAACGGGUCCCUCGCUUCGAGGAAGUGGAGGAACCUGAGGUCAUACCUGGACCUCCAUCUGAGAGCCCUGGCAUGCUCACCAAAAUGCAGAUCAAACAGAUGAUGGAAGCAGCCACAAAACAGAUAGAAGAGAGGAAGAAACAACUGAGCUUUUCCUCUCCAGCUUCUGCUGCACCAUCACAGCUGGAUAUCCCUCCGGUCUCACGGCUUCUUGGCACAUCCGCCGCUGCAGGUGGUGCCUCAUCAAUCGCCCCGUCCGUGGCUGCCAGCUUCAUGAACGAUGCUAUCGAGAAGGCUCGCAAGGCUGCUGAGCUCCAGGCCCGCAUCCAGUCCCAGUUAGCCAUGAAACCUGGUAUCCUCGGAGCCCUGGGGAACACCGGGCCUCAUAACCUAGUGGCACUAGCUAAUCUACAUGCUAUGGGAAUUGCCCCACCGAAAGUAGAAAUCAAGGAGGUGAACAAGCCAACCCCUCUUAUUCUGGAUGACCUGGGAAGAACUGUGGAUGCUAGUGGCAAAGAGGUUGAACUCACACACCGCAUGCCCACACUGAAAGCAAACAUUCGAGCGGUGAAGAGAGAGCAGUUCCGUCAGCAGCUGAAGGAGAAGCCCGGGGAUGACCUGGAAUCCACGUCUUACUUUGACCAACGUGUGACUAUUACACCUGCUCAGCGCCCUCGCAGGGGCUUCAAAUUCCACGACCAGGGGCGCUUCGAGAAGAUCGCUCAGAGAAUUAGAACUAAGGCCCAGUUGGAAAGGUUGCAGAAUGAAAUUGCACAGGCAGCAAAGAAGACAGGGAUCCAGGCAUCCACCAAGCUGGCACUGAUCGCCCCUAAGAAAGCGCUUCGAGAGGGGGAGGUUCCCAACAUUGAGUGGUGGGACUCCUACAUCCUGCCCUACAACAUAGACAUAACAUCUGACACACAAUUGGACGGGGUGGAGCUGUUUGGUGUGACCAACCUGGUAGAACAUCCUGCCCAAAUUAACCCUCCAGUCGACACAGAUAAGCCGGUAACGCUGGGCGUGUACCUGACAAAGAAAGAACAGAAGAAACUGAGAAGACAGACACGAAGGGAGGGCCAAAAAGAAGUUCAAGAGAAGGUUCGUCUGGGAUUGAUGCCUCCACCAGAACCCAAAGUGCGCAUCUCCAACCUGAUGAGAGUGCUGGGGACGGAGGCGGUUCAGGACCCCACGAAGGUAGAGGCCCACGUCAGAGCGCAGAUGGCCAAGAGACAGAAGGUUCAUGAGGACGCCAACGCAGCCCGCAAGCUCACAGCGGAGCAGAGGAAAGAGAAGAAGGUCAAGAGGUUAAAAGAAGACCUAACCGAUGGAGUUCACAUUGCAGUAUACAGGAUCCGUAACCUGCAGAAUCCUGCUAAGAAGUUUAAAGUGGAGGCCAACGCCAACCAGCUGUACCUGACAGGCACAGUAGUUCUGCACAGAGACGUCAACCUGGUUGUGGUGGAAGGAGGCCCUAAAUCCCAGAAAAAAUUCAAGAAGCUGAUGAUGCACAGAAUCAAAUGGGAGGAACACAACAGUAAAAGAGACGAUCCAGACGGUGAUGAUGAUACAAAGAGGAACAACAAGUGCUGGUUGAUUUGGGAUGGCACAGCUAAAGAGCGUAGCUUUGGGGAGAUGAAGUUCAAGCAGUGCCCCACAGAGAACAUGGCUAGAGAACACUUCAAGAAACACGGCACAGAACACUACUGGGAUCUAGCUCUCAGCAAGAGCGUGUUGGACAGCGCCGACGACUGAAACCUCGAUCAACGCCCCCCUUCUACAAGACCCACAGUCUCCCAGCCAGGCCCUCACUGCUGACUGACUGCCUCCACCUGAGGACAGACAGACUUAAUCAAGAGACUUGAACAUUGAAAAGGAAGAACAAUAAACCUGUGUGCAGUGGUGUAGUGGAGGAUAUACGGGGGUAUCCCCACCUUUUCUGGCGGUUUACUGUAUACCCACCUAUCAGCCAAAAACCCAAUGGAAUAUAUAGUGGAGUAUACCCACUUCCUCCUCGGUAACCUACUACCCAUCUACCUAGUAGCACACCCAACUCAUCAACGACCACUACACCACUGCCGGUGUGGAUGUUUUUGCAAGAAUGUGUGACAGAUGAGUGUGUGUGUGUGCCUGCGUCAGUGUUCAUCUCUUUGUUGGUAGGCUAUUCUGUCAGAUAUUGUGUUGUCCAUUAUUGAAUCUGACAGAUUGCACAAUGUGAUGUAAAUCACUUAUCCAAGGCUUUUUGUGAUGAUGACAAAUGUUGUCUGAUUAUGUUAUGACUUUUGUGACAAAAACCCAUGUACACUGAUAAUAAUCCCUGUUUGAGUCAGAGCAGUUAAUAAAAAACACAACCCAUCAGUGAAUGACCAUUUAACAUCAGUGAUUAACAUGUUUAGGGUAAACCUGGAAGGAUUCCUGGGUAAUGUUACAACAUUGUUAUAAGACUUAUUGUAGUCAUUACGAUACACAUACAUUUCACACAAUUUAAACUUCCCAAAUCCUUUUUUUCUUUUUCUUGUGGAGAAAGGAGCAAAUAUUUGACCUGCCUGUAGCUACAGACCUUUUUCAUUGCAGUUCUGUUGCUAGGGCAAAAGCUUUGGUCCAAAAUGACUUCCUGUCAGUGUCUGCAUCAACAAACAUUGCAACAGGAAAUACAAAGGGAGCCAUUGUGUUGUCAAGUUUUAAAAGGUCUAUAUUUUGUUUCAAACGUUAUAGUCGCAGCCUUAAAUAAAACAAACUUCAACUGA